AUGUCUAAUAAUAAUAAUAAUAAUAGUAAUAAUAAUAAUAAUAAUAACCAUUCUACGCCGUCAUCACCGAUGGUCGAUGAUUUUAUGUCACCAAUUUCACCAGAUAGUGGUGGUAUUACAAGUAAUAGUAAUUUUGGCAAUAGACAAAGAAGUGGUGGUAUUAGUGGAGGUACCACUCAUAAUACAAACCGAAUGACUAUACCAGCACCAAAUAAACCUUUGAAUAAAAUAAUGGGAGGUGGUGGUGGCGGUGGUGGUUUUGGUGGUAAUAGUAAUGUAGAGUCAUCACCAAUGUCAAUGUUUGUAAAUUCUUCAGUGUUUGAUUCACCAUCAUUUGUAAAAAAUACACCCAUUUUCGGGACAACACCAACUGGAACUACACCAACAUCUGGUAGUUUUAAUAACCCAUUUUUGGAUAAUCAUUUCAAUAAUUCACCAACUCGUUUAUUCUUUGACUUUGGUAAUUCAAUGUAUGGUAAAUCACCACAACACCUUUUACCGCAUCCAUUGUUACCACAUACCCCACGUGGUGGUAUCAGUAGCAAAGAUGAUGGUAAUAAUAUUAUAAUGGAUGAUGGCACCUUGGUACAAGGAGGUAUCAAUUCCAUACUUAAACCAUCAACCACUUCUCCAAUUUCAACCUCACCAACAAACACUUCUUUAAAUUCACCAAGAGGUUAUAGACCUCCAUUUUUCAAUAAUCAAUCACCUCCAAAUAGUGUACAUUCUUUACAUAAUCAUAUGACUUUUCAUCAAAAUACUCAACAUCAAAUUCAUCAACAACAGCAACAACAACAACAACAACAACAACAACAACAACAACAACAACAACAACAACAACAACAACAACAACAACAACAACAACAACAACAACAACAACAACAACAACAACAAUUACAGCAACAACAACAGUUACAACAACAACAGCAACAACAACAAUUACAGCAACAACAACAAUUACAGCAACAACAGCAAUUACAGCAACAACAGCAACAACAAUUACAGGCAGCACAACAGGAUGGAACUAUAAUUACAACAGCAGAACCAAUUACAAAAGAUAAAAAUAAAGAUGAUAGAUUUUCAUUUCAAACCAUUUCAUCAGUUUCAAGUACACUUCAUUCAAUGAAUCGAUCACCAAGAGGUCGUAAUAGUAAUAGUAGCAAUAACAAUGGAGCUGGUGGUAGUAAUAAUAGUGGAAGUGGUGGUGGUAUUAAUAAUAAUAAUAGUAAUAGUAGUAAUAGUAGUCAUCAUCAUCAUCAUCACCAUCACCAUCACCAUCAUCGUGGUACUACUCAAGAAUCAGAUGAUGAGAUUGAAGAGGAUGAACAUGUUUUAUCAUCUUCAAGUUCAUCAUCUCCAAACUCUUCACCACCAUCAUCACCAGAGAUUGAAAUUGAAACCAUCAAAGAUAUUCAUAUGACUGAUGAUUCCGAGGAUUCUUUCCAAACUUCAAAUAAUAUUAUGUUUUCAUAUAAUUCAAAUAACAGUACACCACCACAAACCAUUAAUACUCAUAUUCAACAUCAAUUAAAUCAACAUCAACAUCAUCAACAUCAAAUUCAUCUACCUUCACCAAAAUUAAAUAUGUCACAAUCACCAAAUGGUGGUUUCAGUCAAAGUCCAAAUAAACAUAGUAUUUCACCUUCAAUUCCAAUUAAUAAUUUAAAUAAUAAUCAUACUGUUAAUAAUAGUAGUAAUAAUAAUAAUAAUAAUAUAAACAAUAAUAAUAAUAAUAAUAAUAAUAAUAAUAAUAAUAAUAAUAAUAACAAUAAUAUAAAUCAUAAUAUAAAUCAUAAUAUAAAUCAUAAUAUAAAUAAUGUAAUUAAUAGUAAUAAUAGUAGUAAUAAUAAUAAUAACAAUAACAAUAGUAAUAGUGAUAAAAAUAAUAAUAAUUUUAGUGAUGAUGGUAGAGAUGAUGACCCACAAAAGAAAAAGAAAAGAAAGAAAGAUUUUGAUGAUGGUGGUAGAUGGUGUCAUCAAUGUAAAGCACUUAAAUAUCAAUAUAUUCAAUGUCAAGCUCAAGAAUUAGGAAAACCAAAAUGUAACAAAAGAUUUUGCUCAACUUGUCUCUUAAAACAUUACAACAGAGAAGUCAACAUUCUAAAGGAUGGUCCAUCAUGGGAAUGUCCAUUUUGUUUAAAUACAUGUAUUUGUGCAGCUUGUAAAAGAAAAAGGGUAAAGACUUAA